AGAAGAACGAGAUACAAUCGGAAAUCAGUUCCAGGAGUUCACUAAAGAAAGCGAAGCGGUUUCUUUGGAUCAGAACCAUUGACCUUUGACCCGUAGAAGAACCUAAAGCGUCUCUGUGAGUGUGGGCGGAUCAGAAGGACCUUAGAGUUGAGAGUUCAACCACCGGGGAGCCGCUGAGCAACUCAAACUGGACCGAAGUUCAGAGCUAACUUUAGCCGCGGAGCUAACCUGGGCUAAAGGGGGAUCAAUGGGAGCGUGGCGGAGCAGCUGACCGAGCCGGGCUGGACCGGGCCGGACCGGACCGGACCGGACCGGAUCCCUGUGAAGGUCAGACCUGUUGAAAGCGGACCGGAGAACUGAUGAUCGGCUGCUGACGUCAGCACAGCGCACACCUGGGCAGGAUGCUCCAGGGCCUAUUGAGCAACCUGGACCGGGACCGGCCUCUGAUCCGGGUCCAGUUCACCAGCUUCGCCGUGGCAACGGUUCUGCUCCCUCUGUCGGGCCUGCUGGCCUGCCUACUCACUUCGCUGAUGUACCACUACGAGGAAUCCACCUACACACACUGCCAGGUGUCCAACUACCUGCCGUCCAUCAGCUCGGCCAUCAGCCGCGAACCGGAGAUCUACAUCUGGCGCAGCUGCGUGGGUCUGCACUCUGCACCGCGGUACCUGGUGACCGUUGCCUACUUCAACUUCUACCGCGGCCGCUUCGCCACCAGGCUGCCGGAGCUGCUGCUGAGCGCCCUGGCUCUGGUCAGCAGCCUGGCCGAGAACACGGGCCUGCUGCUGCUCACCUACGUGGCCUCCACCGAAUCCUACAAGAUUCAUAAAUACUCCUUCGUCAUGUUCAUCGGCUGCUCCCUGCUGCACAUGCUCAUCACCUGCAGGCUGUGGUACGUCAUCAAGAGGCACUACGUCAAUCCUGAGGAGAAAACAUCCUUCCUGUGGAAAGCCCGCAUAUUCCUGUUCAACAUCAGCUGCUGUGUCGCCGCCGCAUAUUUCUUCAGACGCCACAACAAGUACUGUGAGACAGGAGUCUACACGCUGUUCGCCUUCUUCGAGUACCUGGUGGUGUUCUCCAACAUGGCGUUCCACAUGACGGCCUUCUGGGACUUCGGGAACGCUCAAGUGAUGGUCGCCACUCUGCCGGAGGACAAGCAGUACUGACGGGGACAGGACCACUUCUGACCCACUGGACCAGAGCCAACCAGUCCGUCCCACAAGGAAGGAAUCAGAACUUCAGAUGGAACUCCUAGACCAGAUGGUGGGAGCACUGAACUAAAACCCUCCUGUUUCUACUGGUUCCACUGGGUUCCUGGCCCGGAUACUCCUGGUUCUGAUCCCAGAGAACAGAAAGGUUCAGCCUUGGUUCUGAGCUAUUGAACAGAACUGCUUUUAAUAAAAACUUAAACUCCAGACCAGUUUGCUGUCUGCACUGGGUUGCCAUGGUAACGGAGUCGGGUCCUGCUGCCGCUGGCCGUGUGGGUCGGUACCAGCUCCAGCGCCAUCAUGAAGAGCUUCAGCUGGACUUGAUGGAACCCAGUGGACCAGAACCAGCGGUUGUCAUGGCGACCCAGAUCAUCUCAUAUCCUGGAUCAUGAAGGAUGCACCAAAGGUUUUCCUUCCACCUAAUUUUCUACUAUCAUGGCUGGACACAGCACAGAGCUACGGAUAAAGUUUUCAGAUUUUUCUAAACUUUUCAUCAAGAAACAAACAUUUUAGAUAUUUCCUGCGCUGUGGAUUCUGAGGAUUCAAUGAAAUAAACGAAGUUUUAACGAAGCUGCGCCGCCUCACUGUUUCUGUCAGCAGGGGGCGCCGCUGCAUCAAACGGGGACAGCCGUCCCUCCCUGAGAACAUGUAACUCAGACCGCCUUAUGCAGCUCUGGUUUCCAUGGAGACCGUCCUGUUAACUGGAUGCUAGGGCUGGAAGCGACCUUUGACUCCCGUGGUUUGGGGAAGUCGCUUCUCAACAUGUUAAUUAUUGAGCCUUCCCCAGCAGCCAAUCAGAGGCUGAUCUCUGCUCAGCUCUCACUGAAGCCUCAAGUGUUGUUUCGGGAAGCAUCUGAAUGAUAAUGAGGUUUCUUGUUACCGUAAAGCAGCUGUUUCUGCUGAAAAACAACAUCUAACUUUAGAUCAAGGUUUUAGAAACCAGCCGCAGCUUUUUAUAAUCAUAAAAGAGGAAACCAGAAUCCAGUCUGAUUGGACGGGCCGGUCCUUGGCUGGUUGGUUCUGACGCCGUCUGAACCAACCCAGAGCCCGAUGAGGCUGCGGCGGCAAACACCAUGUGACAGGAAAUGGCUUCAUUAUCUUUUAUCUUGUGUUGAAUCACUUCCUCUGCAGCGCCCAAACCCAGAACCCACAGCACCACCCCACCAUCACCGUGCUUUACAGCUGUCCCAGAAGUCUGACCCUUCAGCUUUACUGACUGCAGUCCUGCCGCCAUCUUGCUAAGGCUAAGGCUAGCCUCUUCUAGAACCAUGUUAGCUGCUAGCGAAGAAGAAAUUAUUGAAAUAAAAUGCAGCAGACGAUCAA